CUGCCUCUGGUCAAAUAAGGCCAUCUUCUCUUUUCGAUCUCUAUAUAAACCAGCGACUGUCUGAUUAGAAACAUCAAUCUCUAACUCAUAGAUCUUAAGACAACAACAACAACAAAAAAGUCAACGUACCGAUAAUUCUUGUCUGAAUCUUUAAAACAUCAAUGGAAGGAAGCUUUGAAGGCAUGUUAAUGAAAGUGAGCAUUUUUGCUCUGAUUCAAGGGCUUGUGUAUCUCAUACUCAGCAAAUCUUCGAGCGUUUUCUCUACGUCAAAGACGAUGAAGAGAGCUUACAGUUUCCGGUCAGCGAGAUCCAUCAGUAUCCGCAGGAUUCUAGCUGUUCUUCAAGACAUGCCAGCAGGCGGCGAGAUGUCUCCUUCUGCCAUGGGACCUUCUCUUGCUUCUUCUCUAUCCUCACCAUCGGAAAUCAUUUGAUUCACUAAUUUUUAGUGAGUCCGGUGGAUGAAGCUAGUUUUUGCUUUUUAGAUAAUGUUCAAAUACUUUUAUGUGUAAUUUCAUAGCUAAAUAGCCUAAAUUGAUUAUCAUAAUUAACAUAAUAGUAUAUUUGAAAAUAAAGUCUUAAGGGUACUCUGUUUCUGCCACUUUUGAAACAGAGGAAUUAUUUACUUACAUGGUUUUGAAGUCAAGUCUUAAGAUGUGAUGGAAGAAACAUGACAGGAUUCUACCUUUGCCUCUAUGGCUCUAUAGACUAUG